CUCUCCGCCACAACACAGCAUGAGUCAGUACGACACCCACUCCAUCUCUAGAGCGACGUCGCUGAGCCGCAAGUCGACGGUGGCCUCGCGCAACAAGUCGCUCAUCAGCAAGCAGACUGCCCCGCACGAGCUGCGUCCCUCUGACAUCCUCAUUGAGCGAUUCAAUGGUUGGAAGCACAUCACAAAGCAGUUGAUCGCCUACUUUGAGGGUAUUGCCGACAUUGAGUACAACACGGCCAAGGAGCUCACCAAGCUGGGCGGUGUCAUCCAGGUGCCCUUCAGAGAGGGAUCUCAGUUCCUCGGCGAGGGAGGCAUCCAGGACAUCUACUAUGGCAUUCGUGACAAGACUCGCGUCAUUGCCGACCACCACGCUAACCUGGCAAAGACCGUCGAGGGAUCCAUCGUCCAGCACCUCCAGAAGCUGCGUGCCGAAAUCAAGGCCCACGUCAAGAACAUCCAGCAGGACACCGGCAAGCUCGCCAACUCCGUCGCAAAGGAGCGCGAGAUGUCGACCAAGAUGAUCUCGGACCUCGCUCGCUCCAUCACCCUCCUCAAGAACACGCCCAUGAGCGUCACCGCUCGCGAGGACCCGUACACGACGAACACUCAGGUCGCACGUCAGCUUCAGCGCCAGGUCAACGAGGAGAAUGCUCUCCAGAAGAGCAUCGUCAUCAUGCAGCAGAACUCGGCUCACUUUGAGGAGGGAAUCGUUCGCUCCAUCCAGUCUGCCUGGCAAACGUUCGACGAGUGGUCUGGCCGCAUGAGCGCUCAGGUUCAGGACACCUGGCUCGGCCUCGGCGUCACGAUGCGCUCCCUCCAGCCCAACUCGGAGUGGAUCGCAUUCGCCGCUCGCUCUGACCACCUCAUCGACCCUGACACCCCCCUGCGCAACCCGGAGACGAUCGAGUACCCUGGCAAGGAGGACCCCUCGGUCAUCCCCGUCCACCAGGGCAUCCUCGAGCGCAAGAAGCGCUUCACCAAGUCGUACCGCGAGUCCUUCUACGUCCUCACCCCCGCCGGUUACCUCCACGAGCUCACUUCUUCGGACCCAGCCAAGGCUGGCUCUUCACCCGCUCUCUCGCUCUUCCUUCCCGAAUGCACUCUCGGCGCACCCUCGACGAUUGCCUCCAAGUCGCACAAGUGGCACAUCACGGCUGGUGCCCCGCAGAAGGGCAUUCAGAAGGCCCUCGGCCGUGGCGAGCAUGCAUACACUUUCCGCGCUCGCAGCCACGACGAGAUGAUGGAGUGGUGGAACGACAUCAAGCAGCUCUCCAAGGUCUACCUCACCACCUCGGAGCAGAUGGACCGCUCCGGCCCCGUCCCUGCCGCCGUGCGUGCCGCAGGCUACGUCAGCGAGGAGGAGGACGAGGAAGACGACGAGGAGGGUUCGAGCGUCGAGGAGGACGAUGACGACGAGGAGUACGAGGAGGCCGGCCAUGGCCACGCUGGCCAUGGUGUCACCGAGCAAGGCAACGCCGCCCCUGCCCUCGCUGCCCCCGCCACCACUGGCGCCGGUGCUGGUGAGGAGGCCGCUCCGGGCUACUCUGCCCCCGGCAAGUCGUCGGGCAUCGCCAUCGGCGACAAUGGCUACGCGGUCGAGAAGAAGGGCGACGCCGCUGCUGGUGGCGCCGGCUCUGGCCCCGCGGGCGAGCCUAGCCAGGACGCCUCCAAGGGCAAGGCCACGGAGGGUGCUGCUUCGGGCACCGCCUGAGCGCACACCCAGAUGGGAGACUGCGUGCGUCUCCACCGUAUACCAGCGAGCGGGCGUGGCGUGACCUCUUUUGACUCCUGGCCGCGGCCGGCGUUCGAUGUGCGAAAACAAAAACAAAAACACCACAAUCAAGCCUUCUCUUCUCGUGCCACUCUCUCUAUUCUACUGCUUCCUGUUGUCAUUGCCCGCUGCAAUCUGACGAAGUGCUUGCCUAUUCGAAUCGAUGCGAUGCGUGCUCU